CGACUUCCGAUUCCGCAUUUGGACGACAUCUGCGCCAUUUUGAUGAAACGGCGAGGAGGAGCAGGGAGCCACUGAAGCAACGUGUUGUGUCGCAAUGGGUUUUAAAGAUUAAUUCUGAAACAUGGUCAUUAUACAUCGUAUGUGGAGAACAUCGGUGAAAACAAGUAGGAUAUCGGCCCUCCUGGCAUAGCGUGGAUUUAUUUGAGGGGUAAUUUCGAGAGCAUGCUCGCAUACAAGCCAAUGCUUUUGUUUAGCCAGUGGUCCGCUCUUCUGUAGUGGCUUAAAUAGUGAGCUAACCCAUGUUAGCCUCGGCUCCAUUUUAGUUAUCUUUAGAUUUGUCUUCAGAAAAGUGUUUCAACGCUUGACGUCGACGUGAAGAUCGAUGGACUAACAUCUGAUGUCCUUAUUCAUUACUGGGGACUUUGGAAAAGGACUUGGCUAAGAAAGACACCAUAAGGACUGCAUUUACUGCUCACGGAGACCUAGGCCCGCUGCUCACCUAGUGGCUGCGGCAGGCCCGGGGUUUCAUGGACAAUUCACCACGGACUUGAUAGAAUUUCCUAUAAAUAUUUAAGCUUAACAGAUACCAAAUGGACUCCCUUGGAUUUGUUAAGUGCAGUUGCUUUAUAUUGGACUGAAACGAACUGAUAACAGUACACCUCGCCGUGUACUGGCGCACUUGCCUUCCACGUCAAUGUUUUUCAUUGGCAACAAUGACUUUGUUGACAUCCGCCAACUACCCGUUCUUGGAUUACUUUUGUUGAAUUUGUGCUGUGUUUCAGCGAUUUCAGAGGGAAGGGUUGAUGCAUCAUAACGCUGAAGACUAGCCUGUGUUGUAGCCCUGUAUUCUUUAUUAAACUGUGUUUUGUGUGCUAACUUGAGUAAUUCCCAAGUUUUGUAAAAAUGUCGUGUGUUCAUUAUAAGUUUUCGUCCAAACUGGACUAUAACACAGUCACGUUUGAUGGGUUGCACAUUACUCUCAAUGAGCUUAAACGGCAGAUCAUGGCCCGUGAGCGUCUCAAGGCCACAGACUGCGACCUGCAGAUCACCAAUGCGCAGACGCGGGAAGAGUACACGGAUGACGAGAUCCACAUACCGAAACACUCUUCUGUCAUAGUCCGUCGAACCCCUAUUGGUGGGGUGAAGCCAGCUGGCAGGACGUUCAUUAUAGAUCGUUCUGAUACGGCCAUGGUGGGAUCGUCCAGACCAGUAUGUAAACCCAACAACUCUGUACUCCUUCUCUCACCUCUCUCAUCCCCCCCUCUCUUUGGCUUAAAUCACCCCUCUCUAUCCCUCGAGAACAUUCUGUCGAUGAUGACUGAUUUGUGUGUAUUUCUCUUGUUCACUCUGUCUUGGCUACAUUUGUGUUCAGAUCUGCCCUCUUCUGUGUGUUAUUUAUUGUCAUGGUAGCAGGACUCUCCUGAAAUCACCCAUGUCUAAAGCUGUUUGCUGGUUCGCUCCAUUGUUUCUUUGUUAUGCACCCAUGUUGGUGACGGAAACAAUAAACCAGUCUACCAACCAUCGCUUUUUCAGAUGGUCCUGACUUGAUUAACCAAUUGUUUGAAUAAUGCUGUUGUCACACAAUUAUCUUUUUUAAAACGUUUUUUUAACCAAUUGCGGACACUGUUGUUAUGGUUGUAUUUCAUAUUGAAAUGGUGUUGUAGCCUGCUUCUUAGUCAGGCAUAUGUAUUUGUGGCAUUUGUAAAAGGGAAAGUUUAAUGAGUUUAAUUACUUAUUACUCUGUGAUUGUGUUUUCUUUGCAAAUACAUAUAUUUUUUAUUCUGUGUUGUGAUGAUCCCAUGGAGUUAAGAAAAUGAUUGUAAUUUAACGUUGACAGUGACUGAGGGGGUGUAAGUGAAGCACAGUACAACACAGUAACAUUUUUUUAGUUUACCUUGCUAAACGUGACUGAUUAACCCUGUCGAGUAACAUUGUUUCUUGUCUUGUGUGUAAAGUGGCGGUAUCUUAUACUUUGCAAUGAAUAUGGACUACACAUAAUGCUUAAAUUUCAAGAGCGUAAAUAUUUAUUUAAUAUCUCACAUUAAAUGCUAUGCAUUAACUUUAUAUUCUUAAAUUGAAUUCUGCAAUAUGUGCAGUUCUCUGAAGUACAAUGUUAAAACUGGUUUGGUGCAUCACAUAAUUCGUUUUCUCAGAAUGCAAUACAAUGCUUUUGUCAACUGGCCAACCAAAGUACAAUACUGUGACAUUACAUAAUGCUUAUGGCACAUAACCAGUAAACGUAAUGACCUGUCUGACUCUGUGAAGGGGUUCCGUAGUUGACUGCAGUGAGAAGUAUGGUGUAGUGUGUCCUGGAAGCUGUAAGCUGCAGAACCUAUCAAUAAAGUUGUUCAGUGGUUCCGUGUUAGAACCAUAUGCACCAGAUCCCUGUGUGUUCCCUCCACAGCGUACCACCUUAACGCCGCCCCUCUGCUCUUGUCUUGUAUCUUGUAAUGGGAGGCCAUACCACCAAGGAGAUAUAGCCAUUACUUUGUAAAAGUAGUCAUAAUGUCCCCCUCGGUUCUCCUCGCCAUCCAAUGUGUGCUUUUCUAGACUAGUUGUAGGAUGGACCGCAAGCCCGGCCAAAUUGUGUUGUAGGGUAGAACGUCAGCAAUAUCAUGGCAGUUGUUGUUAGUUAGGCACCCACACGUAGAUUAAGAAGUAUGCGAUCAUUGUUAGUAUUUUUUUAGUGGAGGUAGCUGGCACUCUGCCAAUAUUUGCACCAUUUGUUUUUGCUACCAGUACCUACUUCUGGAAAAGCUACAACAAUGUUUAUAGAACUUGGGAUUUGUUUAAAAUGUCAGCAGCACCAUUUGUAAUUUGGCCGGCUCAAAGCAAACGCUGCAUGGUUUUAAUAUGAUGGCUAGACAUAGUAAUGCGCCGAUAUGUAUGCAUUUAUAGGACUCGUGCAUUGUUUUUUAAGUUAUUGGUUUGCAUGAAUUAACCUAGCAUGACAUCAGUCUAUCUCGGUGAAGACAGAUUUUUGGCAGACUUUAACUUGGAAGAUGAACCUUUUUGUUAAUGCAUGUGGAUACAUUUUAAAUGUAUCCAUACCUAGAUACAUAAUCUUCGACCAAAUACGAUAUCUGCCAUGGAAACUCACCAGAAACGCUAAACCUCCUCCCUUCUCCACAAGCCUUCUGACUCCUUGAUCGCCAUAGUUAAUCUCCUUCUGGAAACCCAUCUGGCAACCCUGUAUAUAACGUUUCCGGCGGGUUCCUGUAUUCGUUGACCUGUCUUAAACCACCAGAGAAUUUCUUUCCAGGUUAUGAAUGGCAGGCGUUGGGGACAGUGUGCUGUACUGGUCGUCUGCCAUCUCUUUAAGUACUGAAGCACUGUAGUGGUGGUGCCGGGGCGUCUACCUUCCCUCUUGCUUAACCACUGUAUGUCUUGUAGUUGUCCCAUCACCCCCCCCCG